UGGGUUUAUUUGACUUCCUGUAUUGAAAUGAGCCGUUUGCAAAUAAUGGUUUGUUGUGGAUCCAAUCAUUAUCUCACCUAUUUCAAUGCUUCUCUUAACAUUGUCAGUGUUUAAAGUGAUGGGGCAUUCAUAGUAUGAGUCGGGCUGUCAUUCAGAUUGUCCCAGAAUGCAAAUCUGUACAGGUCCUUUUUAUUUUCACUUUCACAAUCAAGUCGGACAGAUAACCUGACAGAAACUGCCGACUUUUUCUCAGGCGUGAGGAUGACGACGUUAACUGUCACCAUCCUGGUGCUCCUGCUUGUAUCCUUUGCCCCAUCAUUAGCGGCACAGCUUCCAGGAAACCAUGAUACCAACGACAAGUCUUCCUCACUUCUACCUCCCGUCGCCACUAAUGGCCAACCUUUCCCCUGGGUCCACAUGAGACUUCCUGAAACUGUCUCUCCAAUCCACUAUGACCUCCUCGUCCACCCUAACCUGACCAGCCUAGACUUCACCGGAGCGGUGCAGAUUCAACUCCAGGUCUUCGAGGACACCUCUACCAUCAUCCUCCACAGCAAGGAACUCCAGAUAGCUAAAGCUGAGCUCUUGGCACCAGAAGGUCCAGGGUCACUGCCAGUGCCUCUGCAGGUGUUGGAGUACCCAGCCUUCCACCAGCUAGCUCUGAUGUCUGAUGUGCUGCUGGUCAGAGGUGGGAUGUACAAGGUUCGUCUGGAGUUCUCUGCCAACCUGUCUGACAGUUUCCACGGUUUCUACAAGAGCUCCUAUCGCACAACCACGGGAGAGGUCAGAUUUAUGGCGUCCACUCAGUUUGAAGCGACCAGUGCCCGAGCAGCCUUCCCCUGUUUCGAUGAGCCGGCGUUCAAAGCCAAUUUCACCAUCCAGAUACGACGGGAGUCACGCCACAUCGCCCUCUCCAACAUGCCCAAGGUAAAGACAGUAGAGUUACCAGGUGGCGUGCUGGAGGACCACUUUGACACCAGCGUUAGGAUGAGCACCUACCUGGUGGCCUUCAUCGUCUCUGACUUCCAGUCUGUCAGCAAGACCACCAGUCACGGAGUCAAGAUCUCAGUCUAUGCUGUACCAGACAAGAUCAACCAGACAGACUUUGCCCUGAAUGCUGCAGUCAGACUGUUGGACUUCUACGAUGACUACUUUGACAUCCCAUAUCCUCUACCCAAACAGGACCUGGCAGCUAUCCCAGACUUCCAGUCGGGUGCAAUGGAGAACUGGGGUCUGACCACAUACCGAGAGGCUGGGCUGCUCUUUGACCCCAACAAGAGCUCCGCCUCUGACAAGCUAGGCAUCACCAUGGUGAUCGCACAUGAGCUGGCACACCAGUGGUUCGGUAACCUAGUAACCAUGCAGUGGUGGAAUGACCUGUGGCUCAACGAGGGCUUUGCAAAGUUCAUGGAGUUUGUGUCAGUUAACAUCACCAAUCCUGAGCUGCAAGUGAAUGACUUCUUCCUAGGGAAGUGUUUUGAGGCGAUGGAGGUGGAUUCAUUAAGCUCCUCCCACCCCGUUUCCAGCCAGGUGGACACUCCUACUCAGAUCCAGGAGAUGUUUGACGAUGUCUCCUACGAUAAGGGGGCGUGUAUUCUGAACAUGCUGAGAGACUUCCUGACCCCAGAGGCGUUUAAGAUUGGUAUUGUCCGUUACCUCAGACGGUACAGCUAUCAGAACACUGUCAACAGCCAUCUGUGGGAGAGCCUCACUAACAUCUGCCAGUCAGAUGAUCUGGAUGAGGGCAGACUGAAAGACGAUGGGUUCUGUUCUCAGGAAAAGGCCCAGUCUGGAGCUCCUAAGUGGUACUCAGGUGAUCAGCUGGAUGUGAGGGCCAUCAUGGACACGUGGACGCUGCAGGAGGGGUUUCCCCUGGUCACUGUAGAGGUCAGGGGUCGCCAGGUCAGACUCAGCCAGGAGAGAUACCUCAAGACCGACGAUCCCUCACAGACACACGGCUUCCUGUGGCAGGUUCCUCUGACCUACAUUACCAGCAGCUCCAACACAGUGCAUCGCUUCCUGCUCAAGACCAGGACAGACGUGCUGUACCUACCAGAGGAGGUGGAGUGGGUCAAGUUUAACGUGGAUAUGAGUGGUUACUACAUGGUCCAUUACGAGGGGGAAGGCUGGCGUUCUCUGACCUCCCUGCUGCUGACCAAUCACAGGGCUCUGAGCUCCAACGACCGUGCCUCCCUCAUAAACAAUGCCUUCCAAUUGGUCAGUGUUGGUAAGGUAGGACUGGACACAGCCUUGGACCUGUCUCUGUAUCUGUCCAAGGAGACAGACAUCAUGCCUGUCACCCAGGGUCUGGGGGAGCUGGUUCCUCUCUACAAACUGAUGGAGAAGAGAGACAUGGAGGGUCUGGAGAAUCAGAUGAAGGACUACAUCGUGGAGCUGUUCCGGGGUUUGAUAGACCGUCAGACGUGGAGUGACGAGGGCUCUGUUUCCCAGAGGGUUCUAAGGAGCUACCUGCUGCUGUUCGGUUCUGUCAGGAACCAUCCCCCCUGUGUCGCUACCGCCACACACCUCUUCAACAAGUGGAGGGCCUCCGACGGCAACAUGAGUCUCCCCAGUGAUGUCAGCUUGGCGGUGUUUGCCAUUGGUGCUCGUGACCCCGAGGGGUGGGAUUUCCUCUUUGAGAAGUACCGCCAUUCGCAGCACACAUCUGUCAAGAGCCGCAUCAAGUCUGCCCUGUCCAUCAGCCCUCUGCAACACAAGCUAAAGCGGUUAAUGGAGCAGAGUCUUGCGGGCGAGGUGAUGAAGACUCAGGACCUUCCUCAUGUGGUCAUCUCUGUCAGCAGGAACCCCAAAGGGUACAAGCUGGCCUGGGACUUCCUCAGACACAACUGGCACACACUGGUGAAGAAGUUUGACCUGGGGUCCCACUCUAUCUCAGGCAUGGUGACCGGUGUGACCAACCAGUACUCCACCAGGGAGAUGAUGGACGAGGUUCGCGGGUUCUUUGACUCUCUGUCUGAGGAGACAGGUUCUGGUCUGAGGUGUAUUCAGCAGACAUAUGAGAGCAUUGAAGAAAACAUCCGCUGGAUGGACCAGCACCUGCCCCAGCUAAAGGCCUGGCUGGACAGACAGGCCCAGGGAGCCAGGACAGAGACACGGGGCCACGAGGAUCUAUAGGCCUUCUAUGCAGUACAGGGCAGGGAGGGGUCUAGAGCAGGGUUCCCCAACUAGCGGGCCGAAUUUGGCCGUAGCUGGUUUUAUUUGCCCCCCCAAAGUUUUCUGAGAAAAUAUUUUUUUUAUUGUUGGGACAUAAAAUCUUAAAAACCCCAGGAAAUCAACCAGCUGAUUUUCACGCAUAAUAGGGAGACAUGAUCGUAUACAAAUGUAAACAAGGUUCGAAAUGAUUAUGUUUUCGUCAAACAUAUGUUUGGGCCUCUUGUGGUCUACAAAUGAUUUGGAAUUAUGUACCCCCCCCCCAAGAGAAAAAUCAUCCCGCGGCUGAAUCUCGUCGAUAAUCCCUGGUCUAGAUCGCAGAAUGAUUAUGGCUGUUUUUGAGAGCAUCAAAACCGGGAUCAAUUAUGCGGAAAUUGUGACUAACUGAUGUAGAAAUAAUACUGACUAGUUAUUUAUGAUGCAAGAUGAUUUGUAAAUUUGUCAAUCUCGACUCCCCUUUUAAAGAAUAAUAUUUCCUCAGUGCAUUGAGCAGUGUUGGUAACACCGGUUGGCACAUUUUUGUUUUUUUAUUUUUCAUCUUCGGUAAAUUUAUAAGAAUUUACUCAGUUAAUCAGUUAUCCUCACCUCAACUUUUAAAACAGACGUGUCUACGACUCGGUUUGUCAUUUUUUUGUGUGAUGAAUUUAUUAUACAAUACUGUCAGCAUAAAUGUGCCUUUUUUUAUAUAUAUAUAUAUAUAAAAUGGUUGUCCCCACUUCUUAGGGGAUCAUAACCACCAGGAGAUUUUCUCCACAUAAGCGUUAUCUUGGUUACUGAUCCCAGGAGAAACAGCCCAGUCCUGCAUCUCAGAGGAGGCUCCUACUAUUGCAUUUGUUGCCUCACUUGUUGUGUGUUUUUGCUGAUCUUGGUGUGUUUUUGCUGCAUUUACGAUGUAAUGAUUUGGCGUCGUAAUGUCUCAAUGCAGUACAUGCACUGAUCUCAGAUGCCCUGCUGGGGCUUUGUUUGUUGUGCCUGUGUGUUUUUCAGAUUUUGUGAGAAUUAAAAUGUUGAAAUGAAAAAUAUUGAUUGUAAAACCCUGUCAUUUAAUGGAAGGCUCUGGCUAAGAGAUGGGGACAGACAGACGAGUCUACAUGAAUAAAGAGAACAUACAAUAAGA